GUGCUUUAUUUAGUUUGCAUCGUACGCUUCCCGAGUGUGGAACGCAAAAGUCGUCUCGGACUGCUUCGUGCCGUGCGAAGAAGAGGCUCUCGUGUGUGUUUUAUGUCCGUUUCACGUUCUGUGUGCCGCCCAUGACAGGGAAGAAGCAUUACUGGCAUAGAAAGGAUCCUUCUUAAAAAAAACUGUGAUUCCUUGCAAGGUUUUUCGGGGGAUUUUUCGUCGAUUCGCGUUUCGUGUUCGCGUGCGUUUUUUGUCGCGAUUUGUUGCGUUCCUCGAGUGCCAAGUGCAGUCAGUUCCCCGACAGGAAUUUUCCCACAAGAGUUUUCAUUCACAAAAGUGCGAGUGGAGCACGGUGAGGGGGGAUCGAGUGGGGAAGAACAUACCAGCGCAGGAAAACCCGGAAAGCGGGAGAAAGGGUGUGGGUUUUGUGAGUUAUAAUGAAAAACACGGCAUGCCAGGAGCAAAACAGCCCGAAAAUCAAUGAAAAGUGUGGCUCCUUGGCGUGAAGAAGACGCGGUGGUGUACAAGAAGAGCGCUGAAGUUGCAGCAAGGCCGUGAGCUCCAAGGAGCAGUGUCAGCUCGAACAACCCAGAUGAAUCCGAGUGAGUGGGUCUUCUGCGGUGUGAUUAUUUAAUGUCAACUCGAAUGGUUUGCUCUCAGAUGCGGUAGGUCCAGAAAUACGCGAUAAGUGUGAUUAGCGAACCCCUCUCAAGCGAGGAGGACGAGGCAGGUGAUGCGAGCGCAUCUCCCGGGUGUGUGACGAAGGGGCAGUGAAUGAUAGCGCGCCCCCAUUGAAGAAAAACUUGUGAAAUAUUGUGAGAAAAAAAGUUUGCGAACCCGAAAAUAAAGUGGUGAAACAGCAGUAUCAGAUUGUGUGUGGAACAGUGUGCUGCGUGGUUCCCGUUUAUCAGCAGGACGAAGGAGAAACUUUAAGAGCACCGACCCAGCAGCAUCUGUAGUAGCAGAAGCGACAACAACUAAUCUUCGGAAACCCAAUCAGCGGCGAACGAGGAGGAAUGAGUUUGUGUCUGCUUCGGUGUAUGCGCUACUCUUUUCUCUAGCGAGGAUUAAUGUGCAAGCGUAAUCAGAAAUAGUCGACAUCGACGCCACUGCCACCGCCGUCGGCCGAAUGCCAAUCAGAAGAGACGAGACCAUCAUCAUCAUCCCAUCGGCGCAUCGGCUCUCAGUUUUUUUUUUUUUGGGGGUGGAGAUAGACGGAGCGACAUAAAAUUGGAUGAGCCCGCGCACCGCGCGCUAUCAGUGACAAAUAUGAAAAUAAUAUGUAAAUUUAUGAAAAUUUGAUAAGUAUUUUUUGUUCGGUGUGCAUUGUGUUUACGUUCUAAUUGGUUCGCGAGUGCGAUUUUUCUUUUUUUUUGGUUUCGUGUUCAUUUGUAACGUAAUCGGGAUUUUUAUCGCCCGACGUCCAGACGGACGGAAGGAGAGAGGAGGAAAAAAUGUCAUGAUUUAUCUGUUGUGCUGAGUCUUUUAAACGCUGCUCCCCAGCUAUUAAAGUUUACAAUCAUUUUGCGCGCGGAAGAGAGUCAAGUGUUCGAAAAACGACGAAGAAGAAAUUUGAUCAAGCAGAGAGCGCCGGGUGGAAGUGCGAUGCAGUGAAUUAACGAACAGCGAACGAAGAGGAGAAGCGAAGCAGCGACGAAGCGAAAGAGAGAACGAGCCGCAGCAGUCGGCCAAGAUGAACACGUACGAUUACGAUUACACUGCAACCAUGGAGUGCCGAGAUAAUGGAAUACUUCGGGGAGCCGUGAAAAAUAACACAAGAGGUAAGCGAAGAGGCACCAUGGUGUUCACCUAGAAAAGCCCGGUUUUAAUCGGAAGGGCGGGCGAGCGUGUGAGUAAACUGUACGACCUACCCACCACAUCCACCACCAACAACACCAAAUACACUGGAACAAACAUGAACAGUGAUGUUAACGCUUCUUUCACACGAUCCCAGUAGAAAGCUACACAGGCUAUUGGAAGAAGAAGAAACACGCCGGCUUAACGCUAGAUCUCAAAAUUUAAAUAAACACACAAUUGGUGCAACACACGAAGAAGACACGCCGCCAAAAUUCUCGCCAAAUUAAAGAUAAUGAAUUAUCAGUUUUAUAAAAAAUCAGAAGGCUGCCUCCUGGACGGAGUUCCGCCUUCAGCUCCACCAGAUGUACCACCGCGUAAUCCAACAAUGAAUCGGAUGAAUGGACGCGUCACCGGUAACCCUACGGAGCUAGGCGUCGAUUUUGAACCGUCCUGUCUGGUGCGAACGCCAUCGGGCAACGUAUACAUUCCGAGCGGAAAUCUAGCAAUUAAUAACAAAGGAUCACCGAUAGACUACAAAACGGGUUCGGCCUGUUCAACCCCAACGAAGGACACGCUCAAGAGCUACGACCGCAACUGCAUGGGUCCGGUACUGCCGCCCCGGAGCGCCAUGUGUGGUCCACCGUCACAUCACUACUCAGCGCCGCUGAACUUUCGCAAGGGCUUCAGCUUCACCAAAUGUACAUGGAAGUGUACGGCUAUACUAGUUGUAUUAUUAUGUGUUAUACUGGUUAUAACAUUACUAUUAACAGCAUCUAACGUAUUAAGUAUAUCAUAUCCUACCAACAACCCCUGUACAGUUCUAGUCGAUGAAAAAGCAGAAAUCUCUGCAGCCAAAAGUACGAUAGCGGACGCGAACCGGGCGGCGGGCCCCGGUAGCAUCGGAACGUUACCAGGGCGGCCUAACCCAUCCGGCAGUGCGGCCGAUUCCGCUUCGCUAAGUUCUGCUUCCGCAUCGGCGUCCUCGUCUUCGUCAGCGGCAUCAACCGCGUCGGCCAACAGCAAUAGUAAUACGAACGGCAACCAACAGAACGGCAACGGAGGUACAGUAAUCACCACCAACAGUAAUAACCCCAGUUCUCACAGUAGAUCACGUAGAAGUGUCGUUCCUAACCCUGGUGAUAGUGCUGACGAUGCUAAGAUGUCACAACCGCAAAUGGUUGCCGACAGGCGUGCUGAUUAUUUUGAUAAUUUAGUUUUGCAUGAUAUUAGCGUAGAUUCUGCUACUACUAGCAUCGGUGAUGGUUUUACGGAUAAUGGUGUUAGUUCACCCAUAGUCGCUACCGACGACACUUCCACCACUGACGACGGUGUUGUAGGUGGUGACGAAGCGACAACAACAAGAUCCACUUCCCCUCCCAAUUCCGCCACUCAGCACGAUGAUGGUCCUAUUGUUUCCGCUUUGUUUGUUCCUACAACUUUGACUUCCUAUCCACCUUCCGCUCUAUCACAAUCACCAUCAUUACCGUUAUCUUCCGCUUCCGGUGUGCCACCGGAGUCAAACGAGCAACAAUCAACUGCUUACAAAGACGGCGACGUCGACGACUACAACGAUGGUUACGAUGAGAAACAGGAGCAGAAUUUUCAAUCAACUACUGAGCAACCUAUCGAGAGCAGUAGUAAGAGUACCACCACCGCCUCAUCUGAUUACGACCAUGAUUCUCGGGGUUGGCAAGGGAAUGAGGACAUUUUUACCACUAAUGAUAAUGACUUAACAUAUGUUACAACUAGCACUGAUCCUGAUUUAAUCACAAAUAAUUCAUUUGAUGUGGAAUUAAGCAUGAACUCGGAAGAGCUAUCCGUGGAUGGAGACGUCUCUUCCCCAACGGAAUACAUUCCGAUUGACGACGUCGACGAUGGUGGCUCCGUUGAGGAAGAGAAAUUACCCAAUGAUGAUCCUUUGGCUCACUACGAGCAUUUGGGACCGAUGGACGAUGCGGUGGACGUUGAACUCAUCAGCCUAGAAGAUGGACCUAUUAGUGGUGAAGAACUGCGAAAAUCAAAAAGCAAGCUCUACUACAAGAACGUGCAGGAGAAGACUGCCGCCGAGGAGGAAAAAGUGGAAAUUCACACCCUCCCUCCUGCUAAUGAGAUCCAUCAACAACCAGCCCAACAGAGCACUGCCAUCCCGGUGGUGGCUGUUGCUCCACAAGUUCCCAUUUAUCUGGUUCAGGAUAGUAAUUCGACAAAUAAUGAGAGCAAAGAAGGCGCUACUUUGCCACGUCUGCUUGUUAACAUAUCCAUUGCAACCGAUCAUGGUAUGGGAACCGUUCAGCAUUCCGUAUAUGUUCUACAAGUAUCGAUUCCGACACCGCCGGAAAACAUUCCAAAAACCGAAAAGCAGAAAGAAAACGUUGAAAAUGUUCAAAAUUCAUGCCCACCUGAGCGGCCUGAACCUCCUCCAGCGCCACCAUGUCCCAUCAAAUGUCCAAACUCUUCGAUGUUUGAAAAGUAUCAAGUGGUAAGUAUUAUUGACGACGACAGCGCUUCCACUGAGGAUGCGGAAUCUAGCUCUGAAACAGUAGAACUCGAUAGCACGACAACAACAUCUCCGUCGGAAACAUCAACUAUUGAAAGUGAAACUGAACCCACAAGUCACAGCACCGAAGAAAAUGACGAGGAACCACCGACAACCGCCGAACCUGGAAUGGCAUUGCAAUGCCCGGAAGUUCCUCCACCGGUACCGAUUCUGAUCCUAGAAGGUGCACGAACCUUCCCGGCCCGGAGUUUCCCCCCGGAUGGGACCACCUUCUCGCAGAUCACCUUGGGCCAGCGGCUGUCGAAGGAAAUCCCCCCGUACAGCUACUGGAACAUGCAGUUCUACCAAUCGGAACCGGCCUACGUUAAGUUCGACUACGGGAUCCCUCGGGGGGCUUCGAUCGGAGUGUACGCCCGACGGAAUGCGCUGCCCACGCACACGCAGUACCAUUUUAAGGAGGUGCUGAGCGGAUUCAACGCCCGGCAGACGCGCGCCACGCAUCCCUCUAUGCGCCGCGAAGUGACCCGCUACAUGGAGCCCGGCCACUGGUUCCUGUCGAUCUACAACGACGACGGCGACGCCCAGGAGAUAACGUUCUAUGCCCUCGUUGCGGAAGACAUGACCCAAAACUGCCCGAACGGUUGCUCCGGCAAUGGUCAGUGCCUACUGGGGCACUGCCAGUGCAAUCCCGGCUACGGAGGCGAUGACUGCAGCGAAAGUGUAUGUCCGGUGCUCUGUUCGCAACGCGGCGAAUACAUCAACGGCGAGUGCCAGUGCAAUCCCGGCUGGAAGGGCAAGGAGUGCUCGCUGCGGCAUGACGAGUGCGAGGUUCCGGACUGCAAUGGCCACGGGCACUGCGUCAGUGGAAAGUGCUCGUGCGUGCGAGGAUACAAGGGAAAAUACUGCGAAGAAGUGGACUGUCCGCAUCCGACCUGCUCGGGGCAUGGAUUCUGUGCCGAGGGAACGUGCAUUUGCAAGAAAGGCUGGAAGGGGCCGGACUGUGCCACCAUGGACCAGGACGCGCUGCAAUGCCUACCGGACUGUUCCGGCCACGGGGCGUUCGAUCUGGACAGCCAGACGUGCACCUGCGAGCCCAAGUGGAGCGGCGAGGACUGUUCGCAGGAGCUGUGCGAUCUGAACUGCGGCCAGCAUGGGCGGUGCGUGGGCGACAGCUGCGCUUGCGAUGUCGGCUGGGGCGGCGAGUUCUGCAACAGUAAACUGUGCGAUCCGCGCUGUAACGAGCACGGCCAGUGUAAGAACGGAACGUGCCUGUGCGUAACCGGGUGGAAUGGCAAGCACUGCACCUUGGAGGGAUGUCCGAAUGGUUGCUCUCAACAUGGCCAGUGUCACGUAAGUGGUGAGCUGAUGUGGGAAUGCCGUUGCUAUGAAGGCUGGGAUGGUCCGGAUUGCUCGAUGCCGUUGGAACAGAACUGUGGCGAUAACAAGGACAAUGACAGAGAUGGCCUUGUGGACUGCGAGGACCCCGAGUGCUGCGGAAGCCACUCGUGCAAAACCAGCCAACUGUGCGUCUCCGCUCCGAAACCGAUCGACGUGCUCCUGCGGAAGCAACCGCCCGCCAUCACGGCGUCCUUCUUCGAGCGGAUGAAGUUCCUCAUCGACGAGGGCAGCCUGCAGAACUACGCCAAGCUGGAAACGUUCAACGAAAGCGUUUUUUGGAAUCAUUUUAACGCAAGUCGAUCAGCCGUUAUUCGAGGCCGUGUGGUGACAUCGCUACAGAUGGGACUGGUCGGAGUGCGAGUCAGUACUUCUACACCGUUGGAGGGCUUCACAUUGACACGUGACGAUGGAUGGUUCGAUUUGAUGGUCAACGGCGGUGGAGCUAUAACUCUUCAGUUCGGUAGAUCGCCCUUCCGACCUCAGACCAGAAUUGUGCAAGUUCCGUGGAACGAAGUGGUGAUCAUCGAGACCGUGAUCAUGUCCACCAUGGAUGACAAGGAGAAAACAGGACCCCCGCAUACCUGUUUCUCGCACGACUACGACUCCAUGAAGCCCGUUGUUUUGGCCACGUGGAAGCACGGUUUCCAAGGAGCCUGUCCUGAUCGCAGUGCCAUCCUGGCAGAAUCUCAAGUUGUUCAAGAAUCUCUUGCCAUCCCUGGAACUGGGCUGAACCUGGUCUACCAUAGUAGCAGAGCCGCCGGAUACUUAUCGACGAUCAAAUUGCAACUAACUCCCGACGCUAUCCCAGCGACCUUGAAGCUAAUCCACCUGCGUAUAACCAUCGAAGGCAUUCUAUUCGAGAGGAUCUUCGAAGCUGAUCCAGGAAUCAAAUUCACCUACCCUUGGAACAGGUUGAACAUCUAUCGCCAACGAGUUUACGGCAUUACAACGGCAGUCGUCAAGGUCGGUUAUCAAUACACCGACUGCAAGGACAUCAUCUGGGAUGUGCAGACAACGAAGCUAAGUGGUCACGACAUGAGCAUCUCAGAAGUAGGUGGAUGGAACCUGGAUAUUCACCAUAGAUAUAACUUCCACGAAGGCAUUCUGCAGAAAGGUGACGGAUCCAACAUCUAUCUAAAGCACAAACCUCGCGUAAUCCUAACCACCAUGGGCGACGGUCAUCAACGGCCACUGGAUUGUAGCGAUUGCAAUGGUAUUGCCGCCAAGCAAAGACUACUGGCACCGGUAGCUCUGGCCGCAGCUCCAGACGGAAGUCUCUACGUAGGCGACUUCAACUACAUCCGCCGGAUCAUGAUUGACGGAACCGUAAAGACUGUGGUGAAGCUCAACGCUACCCGAGUUUCCUACCGCUAUCACAUGGCGCUCAGUCCCUUGGAUGGCUCACUGUACAUUUCCGAUCCGGAAUCUCAUCAGAUCAUAAAGGUCAAGAACAAGGAUGAUUCGCAUGAUCCCGAGCACAACUGGGAGCCGGUCGUCGGUAGCGGAGAACGUUGUCUACCCGGCGAUGAAGCACACUGCGGCGAUGGUGGCCUAGCUCGCGAUGCAAAGCUGGCUUACCCCAAAGGCGUUGCAAUUUCCUCGGAUAAUGUACUCUACUUUGCCGACGGAACCAACAUUCGUAUGGUAGAUCGCGAUGGAGUCAUCAGCACCUUGAUCGGUAAUCACAUGCACAAGUCACAUUGGAAACCAGUUCCAUGUGAAGGAACACUUAAGAUCGAAGAAAUGCACCUUCGCUGGCCUACCGAACUGACGAUCAACCCUCUGGAUGACACUCUUCACAUCAUCGACGAUCACAUGAUCCUACGCAUGACACCAGACGGACGCGUACGAGUUAUCGCAGGUCGUCCACUGCACUGUGCCUCGGCAUCCCCAGCGACUUUCGAUUCGGACCUCGCAGCUCACGCUACCCUAGUAAUGCCCCAAAGUAUUGCAUUCGCCCCAUCUGGCGAUCUCUACGUGGCGGAAAGCGACUCCCAGAGAAUCAACCGCAUUCGUGUAAUCGGAACCGAUGGUAAAGUAGCUUCCUACGCCGGUGCCGAGUCCAAGUGCAACUGUCUCGAACGUGGAUGCGACUGCUACGAAGCCGAUCACUACCUAGCUAUCAGUGCCAAAUUCAACACGAUCUCGGCCAUCACCGUAACUCCGGACGGUCACGUCCACAUCGCCGAUCAAGCCAACUACCGCAUCCGAUCGGUCAUUUCAAGUCUUCCAGAGGCAGGCACUUCCAAGGAGUACGAAAUCUACGCACCCAACGCUCAAGAAAUCUACGUCUUCAACCGAUUCGGUCAGCACAUCGCCACCAAGAACAUCAUGACUGGUGAAACUACUUACAGUUUCUUGUACAACGUCAACACCUCCAACGGAAAACUCAGCACCGUCACUGACGCCGCCGGAAACAAAGUGUUCCUUCUGCGAGACUACACAGCACAAGUCAACUCGAUUGAAAACACCAAGGGCCAGAAAUGCCGCCUUCGCAUGACUCGCAUGAAGAUGCUGCACGAACUGAACACUCCGGACAACUACAACGUCACAUUCGACUAUCACGGACCGACUGGCCUGCUGAAGACCAAGCUCGACUCCACGGGACGCUCGUACGUGUACAACUACGAUGAAUUCGGUAGAUUAACCUCGGCCGUCACUCCCACCGGAAAGGUGAUCGAUCUUUCGUUUGACCUGAGCGUUAAGGGAGCAACCGUCAAGGUGACUGAAAACUCCCAACGAGAAGUGUCCAUGCUCAUUCAAGGUUCAUCGGUGGUAUCUCGAGUCGGCGAAGCUGCCACGAAGACUACCGUGCUUGUUGAUGGAGGUACCACCAGCAUAGCACCUUGGGGCAAUACAGUUUCCGUCGAAUCGGUUCCUUAUAUUCUACUGGCUGAAAUAGAUCCCCUGUUGGCCGAAAGUUAUCCGGUCCCGUCGAAACAGCGUACCGAAAUCAAUGGAGAUCUGUCAAACCGGUUCGAAUGGAGGUACUUCAUCCGACACGUUCCAGUUCGCGGGAAGAACGCCCGAUCGCUGACCCAGGUCGGAAGGAAACUACGCGUCAAUGGAGAGAACCUGUUGACGUUCGAAUACGAGAAGGAUAGCUCGUCGAUCACCGUUUCCGUGGACGAUAAGACCGAACUGUUGAACGUAACGUACGACAAGUCAUCCAGACCGAUUGCGUAUCGUCCGCAGUCGGGUGAGUACGCCGACGUAGAUUUGGAGUAUGAUCGCUUCGGACGGUUGAUCUCGUGGAAGUGGGGUAACCUUAAGGAAGAAUAUACCUUCGAUCGAGCGGGUAGAUUGAACGAAAUCAAGUACGGAGACGACAGCUCGAUUGUGUACGCCUUCAAGGACAUGUUCAGCAGCCUACCGUUGAAGGUGACAACACCUCGUAGAUCGGAUUAUCUCCUACAAUACGAUGACGCGGGAGCGUUACAAUCGCUGACAACUCCCAGAGGACACAUCCACGCUUUCUCACUGCAGACUUCUCUUGGAUUCUUCAAAUAUCAGUACUUCUCGCCGAUCAACCGCCAUCCGUUUGAGAUCCUUUACAACGACGAUGGGCAAAUCUUGGCCAAGAUCCAUCCGCAUCAGUCCGGAAAGGUGGCGUUCGUGUAUGAUAACGCCGGACGACUGGAAACCAUUUUGGCUGGAUUGUCGUCGACGCAGUACAUCUACCAGGAGAGCACGAGCUUGGUGAAGAUGGUGGAGGUUUUGGAGCCCGGAUUCGAACUGAGGAGAGAGUUCAAGUACCAUGCUGGAGUUAUGAAGGACGAGAAGCUGAAGUUUGGUUCCAAGAGUGCUCUGGCAUCGGCGCACUUCAAAUACCAGUAUGACGGAAACGCUCGGAUGAGUGGAAUCGAGAUGGAUAUCGACGGAAAGGAUUUGCCUAUUCUGAGAUUCAAAUAUGGUCAGAGCUUGGGAACGCUGGAUGCAAUAAGCGACUUGAGAAUAACGAGGAACGCUUUCAACAGAACUGUGGUGCAAGAUACUUCGAAGCAGUUCUUCACGAUCACGGACUUCGAUGAACACGGUAGAGUGAAGAGUGUGCUGAUCAAUAUCAAGUCAUUUGAUGUAUACCGAUUGGAGUUGGAUUACGAUUUAAGGAACAGGAUCAAGACGCACAAGGUUAUGGUAGGCCGUGUGACCUCCCUGGACAAGGUGAACUACAACGCCGAUGGUCAUGUGAGUGAGGUGGUAGGAACGAACAGCUGGAAGUAUCUGUACGACGAGAAUGGUAACAUCAUUGGAAUUCUGGAGCAUGGUGAUAAGACAAACUUGGGAUAUGACACCGGUGAUCGUGUCGUUCAGGUUGGAGAUGUAGAGUUCAACAGCUACGACGCUCGAGGUUAUGUAGUACGACGUGGCGAGCAGAAGUAUCGAUAUAACAACAGAGGCCAACUGAUUCACGCUUUGGAGCGCGAUCGCUUCCAAACCUGGUACUUCUACGAUGAUAUGGGUCGACUGGUAGCCAGCCACGAUGAGAAGGGAAAUGUAACGCAAUACUUCUACGCGAAUAUCAACGCACCCGAGCUGAUCACGCAUAUCCACUAUCCGAAAGUGUCGAGAACGUUCCGUUUCUUGUACGACGAUCGCGAUAUGUUGGUAGCGGUAGAAACAGGCGAACAACGGUACUAUGUGGCAACGGAUCAGAAUGGAUCACCGAUCGCGUUCUUCGAUGUGAACGGAAACAUCGUGAAGGAGGUCCGGCGAACUCCAUUCGGAAAGAUCGUCAAAGAUUCCAACCCAGAUUUCUUCAUUCCGAUCGAUUUCCACGGAGGCCUAUUGGAUCCCAAUACUCGGCUGGUAUACCUAGAGAAGCGUUUGUACGAUACAGCGGUCGGACAGUGGAUGACUCCAUCAUGGGAACAGCUAGCCACGGAGAUGCGAUUGCCAACGGAUGUGUUCAUUUAUCGCUUCCACAAUAACGAUCCGAUCAACCGGAAGGAACCCAUGAACUACAUGAACGACCUGAAGUCCUGGCUGAAGCUGUUCGGAUACGACGUGACCAAGAUGCAAGGAUCCAAGUAUACCAAGGAUAUGAUCUACAGACCGAAGGCCAUGAUCAAGUCGCCGCAGCUGGCGCCGGACUUUGGCGUCAUGUCCGGACUGCAGUGCAUCGUUGAAAAGAUUGACGAGAAAUUCUCCGACUUUGGAUUUGUGCCGAAACCAUUGCUCAAGAUGGAAUUGAAGACGAGCAAUUUGCUACCCCGGGUUGCCUAUCGACGAGGAGUGUUCGGAGAAGGUGUUCUAAUCUCUCGCAUUGAUGGCCGAGCGCUGGUCAGCGUAGUCGACGGAUCGAACAGUGUGGUUCAGGAUGUCGUGUCGUCGGUGUUCAACAGCUCUUACUUCUUGGACUUGCACUUCAGCAUUCACGAUCAGGACGUGUUCUACUUCGUGAAAGACAACAUAAUGAAGCUGCGCGAUGAUACGGAAGAGCUUAGAAGGUUAGGCGGAAUGUUCAACAUUUCGACACACGAGAUCAACGAUCAUGCUGGAACGAACGGUAAAGAGCUGAGGUUGCAUGGGCCUGACGCUGUGGUGAUCAUCAAGUAUGGUGUCGAUCCCGAGCAAGAGAGGCAUCGAAUAUUGAAACAUGCCCAUAAACGAGCAGUGGAAAGGGCCUGGGAACUGGAGAAGCAGCUGGUGGCUGCGGGCUUCCAAGGACGUGGUGACUGGACGGAGGAGGAGAAGGAAGAACUGAUAUCGCAUGGCGAUGUCGAUGGGUGGGUCGGUGUCGACAUUCACAGCAUACACAAAUAUCCCCAGCUGGCGGAUGAUCCGGGCAAUGUAGCCUUCCAGCGGGAUUCUAAGCGAAAACGGCGGAAGAGUGGGGGAUCACAUAAAACGCUAACGCUAAGGCAGCACAGGCACGAAAGUUCGUGAAAUAGCACUGGCGCCACGUUAGCCCCCCAAACGUUAGUGUAAUAUCUCUAUCCGAUCUGUGAAGCUUUCCAAAAAACAAAACUGAUGCGUUGCGUAUGCAACAAGAUAAGCAAAUUUCAAAGAACGCUCUCUCUCUUUUAAGGAAAAUCUUUCUCCGAGAACUGAUUUGAAGGAAGAGACGUAAAUAUUAGAAAUAUUGUGAUACAUAGAUUUAUUUUGGAUUAUUUUCGUAGGGUUAAAGAAAAUGAGAAUAACGAUUGAAGGAGAUGUAGGAUUGUGCAAAAAUAAAAUGAGACCGUUACAAGUUUUCUACACUUGAUCACUCGAGAGCAGCCCUUUCUCUUUCGCGGAGAGUCGGAAGAGAUAGAACAGCAUAUAGCAAGGAAUGAUAAUAUCAACAUACAUUGAAAUACUUUCACAUACAAACUCACAGGAAGCAAAACACACCACUGACGAAAAUGCCCAUAGCAAACUGCUAAAAAAAUCGAAAGAGAACAUAUUUUUAUAGACACUCCCCAGGCAAAAACAAUAAGAAAUGCUACAAAAUGAAAAACGUAAAAAUAUGGUUUCCGCCAUGUUGUGAAUGUCGCCAUUUUAUUUCUACGAGACACCGACCCAUCAUCAACGUCAUCACAACCAAAUGAUCCGAGCAAACUUAACAAUAAUCAAUAGCUGUUAGAAACAACAAAAAAUGUCAAAGCCCCCUUUUAAACAAUGUUCAUCAAAAUAAUAAAUGGUAUCAACAAAACAAACGAAUCAAAUCAAAACUCACCCAUUGUCACUCACAAACAGAGAAACGAUAAAAAUGAAAAAAGGUGAUCACAAACAUAGUCAUUACACGCUAGAUGGAAAAGGAAAAAAAAUGUCCGAGGCGAAACGAACAGAAUAUUAUCAUUUUAUAUAUUUUGCCGAUACGAACGCAAUGAAAGAGAAAGUGGAAAGAGAUCGUAAGGGCGAGCACGGAGAAAACUUAUAAAUAGUGGAGAAUGUAGUUAAUUAGAUGAAAAUUCAAUGUGAAAAUUGUGAAUGUCUUUUAGCGAUAAGAAACUUAUAGUAUAUAAGACCGAAACAUCAAGAACAAACAGUAGAAUAUGAUAAUUUGAACAACAUACCGACGCAAAAGCCGAACGUAAAGCAAAACAAAAUUGGUGUUGUGCAAACAGUGCCAUUGGAACUAGUCGAAAUGUCCGUGUGUCGUUAUUGACGUCGUCAGAGCAUGGCAGCGUCAAUGAUCGCAGUUCAAAUAAACUGAAAACAGACAUUUGCAAAACAAAAAAAAAACCGGAGACAACUCAAAAAUGGUCGUGGAGAUAUUUUUACAAACAGAGAAUCUUAAUGAAAAAAAAAUACACAAAACGAGCAAAAUAACGCAAAACGGACUGACUGAGAAAACUCUUAAAACUCCCAAAACGCGGAUUAGAAAAUGUAAGAAGAAAGCAGAAGUUACAAGUGGUGCCAUAUAAAGAAAGGAAGAAUGAAGAAGAAAAAGCGUUAAAACGGGAACGAUAAAGCACUUAAUUGUUAAGGUGACAAAAACAAGCAAACUCUGUACAGUAAAGUAGGACAAAUGUAGGUGAUUAGGGCGGUUGAAAAAAUGCGUCAAAAAGGGCAGACUCAAAGCUUAAAUAGUGAAAUCUUCUCUAUCUGCGAAAUUUACUGAUUUUAUCUAAACGCUAAGACAAUGCUCGAUUGCGACGGCAGCGCCAUCGCAGCGAGCGUUGCCACUAGCAACGACUGUCUCUCUUUGAAUGUACAAAACAAAGUGAACAGUGCGUAUGUAGUAGUGAACCAUGACGCGCAAAUAUGCGUAUUUUAAUUUGUGCAAACACGCGCCAUUUUAAUUUCGAUUCAGAAUCGAGCUUAACGUGAACAGAAAUAAAAUGAAUGUAAAAAUGUUGAUCUUCACUAUCUCUUGAUACACCACAAAACAAAUAACAACAAACGAAACGAAAUCAUACACACACAGACACAAAUCCGUCUUGCUUCCUGAUUUUAAACUGAUAAGUAGAGAAAAAAAACUCGGAGAAAACAAUCUCUAGCGAAUGUCGAUAUAGUAAAUGGAAAUUACAACUCAAAUGGUUGACCGCAAGCAGUGAAAAAACGAAAGAAGGAAAAUAAUGAAUUCUCUCUUUUCUUGGCUUCUACAGGGUAUUUGUAAUAAAUUCUUAUAGAGAGCAGAACAUGACACAAGUGAAAUAGAAAAUCUGUAUUCAGAACAAAAGAAUUUAUGAAAAAGAACAACAGUUGAAUCUUCAGAAAUAAAAAAAAAAUGCAAAACAAUACCAAACCAUAUAAAAUAGUAACAGUAAGUAGCAAACCUGACAAACAGUUAAACAAGAAAACAGAAAAAAUGGGAAACUAUCUUCUUUUCGCAUAACCAUCAAACACAGAUCAACCACACACUAACACAAACGAAUACUCGUUUCCUCAUAAUACUCUCACCAAUACUCGCUCAUACCGACACAUUAGACUAUUGUUUUUGUGCAUUUUCCUCAAAGCCAACCGUAAACCAAAGGACGCUUAUGAAUUAUUCUUAUUGAACUCAGUUUGACGCAAGCUUUCCACGUGAACACUAUAUUACGCCUGGAGAUUGUUUAUUUUCUAUACUGAAACACUGCAUUUAAACUGUUAGUGAGAAGAGUGCAAGUGACUGCUACUUCCCCCUCCCCCCAAAAGUCCCUUAGUGGAUAAAUAACGCCGCCAAUGUAGUGAUUGGAUUUGUUUCGUUGACGAAGCUCGUCAUUUUUCGAAUCUUAGCGAUGAGAUAAACUUACCAAGAGAAUCGUAGAAUCGUAGCGAAUUACUACAGAUACUAUAGAAAACGUUGAACUGAAAAGCAAUACAAACGAUUAGAAGCAUUGUUUCUUCGCGGCCCUGUUGCUUUUGCUCUCUCGAUGCGAGAGAACUGUGUUUUCGACUCGAUGUGUUAAUUUAACGUGUAAAUUUCCCAAAAGAUCUGCGAUUGAAAUCGUUAUGAAAAAUCGUCCCAAAACUGUGCAAUCCGAAAAUUGUUUCAAAACAAUCGUAUCAUCCGCAAAAAUGCUGUUCAGCAUUAUUAUUGUAAAAGUCUUGUAUAUAAUUUGUAUAACGAAAGCAAAACGUAUAUUUAUUGUUUUAUGAUUUUGUCCACUUCCGCAAAAUCUUAAUUUGUAACAAAUCGAAAAGGCAUUUCCCAGAAAAGUGAACCCACGAAGUUCAUUUUUACUCAGUUAACUAAGAAAUUUGUAAAUAGAUCCAAGCAACCUGUGUGCACAUUACUAUGUCUCUCGCUCAGCUGAGUUGUGCCAGAGGUUACUUAGUUUUAACCUGUAUAACCGUGAAACUUGUCGUUGUUGAGCAAAAACAAAACAGCAAAACACGUACCCGACGAUCAUUGCUAUAAUAUAGUAAUAAACUAAUCGGCAGUACCAAUCAAUAAUCGGUCUUUUUGUAGAACCUUAUCCCGAUCCUACCCCGAAAAUCUCUUUUUGUACAUUUUCCAACCCACAACAUUUAGACGCAAAAAGCCCCCACAAACCGUAGGACUGUAAAAUCAAACGUUUUUAACAGAUGCCAUUUGAGAAGAAUCAAAUAAGCGGCAGAAACAGAACAACAAUGUUAUGAGACAAAUAUUAUCAAUUGUGGUCAUGUGAAUAUCGGACGACGCAGCAACAAAAUGACGCUUGACAAACAAGAAGUAUAACAUGACAAGCAAACCGGAAGAAUAAAUCGAACGAAGCUAGUGAGUGAAUCUCUUUUUUUGUAACAUAUUAAUGCUAGGGAAGAAUAAACUCGUAAGUAAAAAAAAGAGAAAAAAAAACAACAAAUAAGACAACAUUAAAAUUAACAACACAAACAGCAAACAACUGGUGUAGCGAAAAGUUUGAACAAAA